GGCCUUCCACGAAAAUAGGAGUACUCCGGCUGCAGACGCAAACCCAAACCAAGCGAAAAAUAUCCACUGAAUCUCUCUCGCUGCUCGCGGCCGCGGCGACCGGACUAAGGAAGGAAUCGAAGGCGACGAUGGCGUGCCGAGCCCUCGCGCUCCGCACCCUGCUGCUCCCCGACCCCCUCCACCACCUCAGCCUCCGCGCCGCCGCGUCGGCCCCGGCGGCGCCGUUUCCUUGUCGCCGCCGCCGCCGCAACCUCCGCUGCUGCUCCAGCUCCAGUGGGGGCGGGCCCGGGGAGCAGGGACAGCCGCCGCAGGAGGCCGGGCUGAUGGAAGUAGAGGACGAUUGGGUGUUGUUCUUUGAUGAAAUUGGAUGGAUUCAUGAGAGGCGGCAGUGGCAUGACACCGUCAUAUUCAUCGGCGUCCUGGUUGAAGGUUUACAUAAUAGGCCACUGUAUGUGGCUACAUUGCAUAAUAGCAUCACCGAGAUCAAUCUUUUCCCUUGCUGUUUGCUUCUCAAGGAGGUGGCAAAGUCUAAAGGAAGGGUCGCACUCACAACAAAUAUGGUCAUAGGUGGCACUGUUACAGAUGAUUCAAGUGAUGAAUGGCUUGUUCUGGAUCAGAAGGUGAAUACAUAUCCCACAGACAGAGGAUUUACAGCAAUUGGUACUGGAGGUGAAGAUUUUGUCCAUUCUAUGGUUGAUGCUGUUGAAUCGGUUCUUCAAGAAUCGAUUCCAAAGGGCCAAGUAAGUCAGAAAAUAUCUUCUAGGGGAAAAUAUGUUUCUGUAAAAAUUGGGCCAAUACGCGUGGCUUCAAGUGAGCAGGUCCAGGCUGUAUAUCGCGCCAUGAGAAGAGAUAACAGGAUGAAAUACUUCUUAUGAACUGCAAUUACUCAUUCCUGUUUAGUUCCUUCCAUCUUGUAACACCCGCGUCCUGUUAUACGUUUUGCUGUACUUGUAAGUAUUGUCUCAAAUGGAAAUAUUGUGUUGGUCUUCCAGUUCAUUGGUUCCAUGCGACACAAAGAUACCCCCUGCAGGCUGGAGCAUCUAUGAACUUUCUGUGAACUGAUGAGAGGAAGGACAUUUUUGUGUUACUUCGGCCCAAAUAGAAAUUGCUCCAUUAUUGAGACAGGCGCUACAAUGUAACAGCAGGGUUUUCAUAACACUAUAGCGAACAUGUUUACAUACUACAUAUGUUUAAAGAUGCUUGUAGUUUGUGAUU